CGAGGGCGGCGGCAUGGCGGGCACCGGGCUGGUGGCCGGAGAGGUGGUGGUGGACGCCCUGCCCUACUUCGACCAGGGCUACGAGGCCCCGGGCGUGCGGGAGGCGGCAGCCGCGCUGGUGGAGGAGGAGACCCGCAGAUACCGGCCCACCAAGAACUACCUCAGCUACCUGCCCGCCCCGGACUACUCCGCUUUUGAGACCGACAUAAUGAGAAAUGAGUUUGAAAGACUGGCUGCCCGGCAGCCUAUUGAACUCCUCAGCAUGAAGCGAUAUGAACUUCCAGCCCCAUCCUCCGGACAGAAGAACGACAUCACUGCCUGGCAGGACUGCGUGAACAACUCCAUGGCUCAGCUAGAGCAUCAGGCAGUGAGGAUAGAGAAUCUGGAACUUAUGUCUCAGCAUGGCUGCAAUGCCUGGAAAGUAUAUAAUGAAAAUCUGGUUCAUAUGAUUGAACAAGCCCAGAAGGAGCUGCAGAAACUGAGGAAGCAUAUUCAAGACCUGAACUGGCAGCGUAAGAACAUGCAGCUCACUGCUGGUUCUAAAUUACGAGAAAUGGAGUCAACUUGGGUAUCCCUGGUCAGUAAAAACUACGAGAUUGAGCGGACUAUUGUGCAACUAGAAAAUGAAAUCUACCAAAUCAAGCAACAACAGGGGGAAGCAAACAAAGAAAACAUCCAGCAGGAUUUCUGAGGAAAUGAACCUGAAGGAAGGGAGGAGAGGUGGGGGUUGUCACGAGUCUCCAGGUUUCAGAACCAUUUUCAUCCCGUGAAUAGUAAAAGCACAUUGAGAAACGGGGGGGCCAGUCUGAGGGUUCACGAGUGGAAUAUAUUUUGUUAUGGAUCUUGCAGCAUCCAUGUAUCAAGUAAUGAUUCUUCGAAUUAUAUUUAAUUCAACCUGCAUGCUGUGUCGGAAAUAAAUUUUUAGCUUGUUAGAAUUUU